CCCCACCUUCGACCUUGCAUCGAGCUUGCCAACUCCUCAAGGCUCAAGUAGGUACUCUACAUACCUGCCAUCAUCAUCGUCACCACCAUAACCUCCCUUCCCCCAACGCAUCACGAAAAAUGUCGCGAGAGGAAAUAACGCUCAGCAAGGCCAUCGCGUCUAUCCGCUCUGCAGCCGACGAACUGUCGGUAGAUGAGUUCAUCGAUUUCUCCGUGAUACUGGACGUGCACAUCCACUGGUCUUUGGAAUCACUGUCCCCCGAGGACCAGCACCAGUUCCUGAGCGUGUUGAAGGAGGUGUUGGAAGCACAUGAGGAGUUGUCUUGCUCCAUCGCCUGGGACCUCGUCAUCGUACUUCUACCAUACCUCGACUCCCCGCUCCCGAAGACCGUUGAUAUCGCCGAACAGCUUAUCGCCUACUCUGCGACGAUCGGGAAUCCUAGGGAGGUGUACAUCAAGGUGUUGACUGGGCUGUCGAGUCUGUCAUGGAGUCCCGCUGAGGAGGAGGAUGACGAGGAUGAGGAUCAGGAUGAGGCGGAGCACUCCGGCGACGAGGAGGAUGAUAUCGUGCCAAAACGUGAACUACAGAAGAAAGAAGAUCCGAUGUUGUAUGCGCAGAACGCGGCGAGGAAGUUCAACAACCUGCUGUCGGCGUUGACGACGGUGCACCCGCGGAUUGCGGCAAGAUUUCCGUCAAAGUUCCUUUCGACGGAACUGUCGACGCUGCUGAUCGCGUUUACGAAGGCGGUGGAGGUGGUGGAUGCUGAGGCGGUGACGGGAGUUGUUCAGCGGCUACUGCAGUUCUUGAAGGGGGUGCGGCCGCAGCUGAAGGAGACGGCUACUGCAACGAAACGUCCGCCGCUACCGCCGAGGGUUAGCACCAGUGCGAGCCUGCAGACUGUCAACCCGGAGGCGAAGGAGGACCAGCUGCAGGCGAGACUCAUCGCAAGCUUUUUGACGCAUGUGUUGAGCGGCUACCUGCUGCGCACGAAGAGGCAGCACCAUCCGCAACAGCAGUCUACGAGCGAGGAUCAUCAUUCUCCCGAUGUGCAACAGCUACACCCUGCCUUCCGCGGCGGCUUCGACGAUGUGGAGGAGAGGGGGCUGGACAUUGGAUGGGCUGGGAAGUACGACGAAGAAGUGCUGCGCCCGGAUAAGUUCAAGGUCCCGAACGGCCGCACGCUCAUCGACGAGGAGCGGGAUGCACGCGCAGCGCAGGGAAAUGUCAGAGCAGCUGUCGACGAGAUUGUGGCGAUGUGCGAGAGCCUCGGUGUCAAAACCGAAGAGCUCGUGGACCUGUGCAGAUCCGGCGCCGACGGCCUCACCGACGACGAGGAAGACGACCACAGCGAAAUCCCCGCGCCGAAAGCCGCCGAUGACGUCCCACUCUCCAAACACGGCGCGCUGUUCCUUCUCACGCACCGACUCUCGACCGAUCCGCACACCACCCACCUCCAAAUCUACCCCGACCACUCCACCAUCGCCGAAACCUUCAUGAUCUACGCCCCGGGCCAGUCGAAACCCGCCGUAAUAGACAGCAUCCUCUUCCUGGGCCUCUACAUCCUUCACACCUCGCAAUCCCUCGGCGACCUCCCGGAAAAGACAGAAACAUUCUUCAUCUACCUCCAAAUCUUCAGCGUAAUCAGCACCAACGCCUCCUCCGCCUCGCACCGGUACCUAGCCAACACGCACGUCGCGCUGUGCCUGCGCGCGCACCCCUCCGAAGCCGUGCGCCUAGCCUACUUCCGCGACACGCUCGAGCACUGCCCCUUCGAAUCCGUCAAGGGCGCCGUAGUGGGCAUGCUUAAGGACGAGAUCGUGCACGCGACCACGCCCGUGCUGCGCGACGGCGCAUCCGUGCCCAGCACUCCAAACAGCAUCUUUGGCACCUCGCUGUGUCUCUCCGAGAUCUUCGCGCAGCUCUUCCCCGACCUCGAAAUCGCCCUCGGCGACGACGACGCAAAGGCCUGGGAGAAGUUUAGAGAUCUGUACCCGCGCUUCGCGGCAACGAUCAAUCUCUACUUGCUCCUGCUGCUGAACCACGAGCUCGCCGCAAGACUCGGUGCUGCCAAUAAGGCCUUUGGAGAUAAGGUCGAGACCCGGUUUUUGGCGCCCGUGAGGAAGCGGCUAGACAGGUUCAUCGAGAGGGAGAGGACGGAGGGGGAUAGGCACGGGGUCAACGUGCAGCUGGUGGAGAUGACGAUGCAACGGGUUCAGGAGGCGAGGGGAGGAAUCGUCGAUUAAGUACC